GGCAUUUUCGGGUUUCACUCCGCCCAGUGGUUGGCUGGCUCUCUGGCUUACGUUGCUCGCCUGCACUCACUCCUCGCUCGCUCGCCAGCCCGCCCGCCCGCCGCAGAGCGCAGACACUCUCCUCCGGUAGAAGAACGGCGGGCACUUUCGUCCAUGUUGCCCGUGCAUCAGCAGAAGCAGCCGCGACCGCAUGUUUAGUUCGACGCGGACAGCGGAACCGUUCGACGGGUACCGUCACCAUGGAGUCGACGAAGGCUGUGGCGUCCUCGACAGGACCGCUGAGAAGCGGGAACGAAGCCGGUGUCGUCUGCUUAACGUCGUCUGCUGCCGCUGCCCGGUGAGAGGGUAAAAAAAAAAAAGACAGCAGCUCCUGCGUCAGGGGCCUGCGCUGUAGUACGAAAGAGAGAGCGAUAGCGCGCCGCAUUGGUGCCGGGACGCUUCUCGCGCCUAAAGGUCAAACUGCGCUCCAGUCGACGCCGUCGGCGAGGGCGGUCGGCCGGCCGGACGGACGGACGGUUCGGGGAUUUUCUGACGUUUUCGACGCGGUUGGAUACGACGGCGCCGGGCAGACGUGAUGGACAAAUCUAAGCAACAGGCCACAAUCCACAAGGUCCGCGAGCUUCAGCUGGAGGCGGUCCAGAUGGAGGAACACUAUGACGUCAUCAAGGAAAUUGGCUCCGGAGACUACGGCAAGGUGGUGCUGGCGCGGCACCGCGAGACGGGCUCGCAGGUGGCGCUCAAGGCCGUGCCGCGUGCAACCACGACCCUAAGGGACUUCCUGAUCGAGUUCCACUACAGCUACUUCUUGUCGCCGCACUCCAGCAUACUGGACACGUACGACGUCUGCUUCGAGACGCCCGAGCACUACUACUUCGCGCAGGAGGUGGCGCCAUACGGGGACCUGUGGCAUGCCGUCGAGUACUACGGCGGCAUCGAUGAACGCGACCUCAAGGUUAUCCUGAGGCAGAUAAUCCCAGCCCUCGAGUUCAUGCACAGCAAGGAGCUAGUGCACAGAGACGUCCGUGCCGAGAACAUACUCAUCUUCAGCAAAGACUUCACAAAGGUCAAGCUGACCGACUUCGGCCUCACGAGAAAAGCGGGCACGCUGGUCAAAAAGCGGACGAGAUCGCUGCCCACCUGCCCGCCAGAGAUAUGGGAGGCGGUCCACCUGGAGGGCUACACCGUCGAGCUGGGCUCGGACGUCUGGCAGAUCGGCAUGCUCAUCUUCUCCUGUCUAACUGCGAGGUUUCCCUGGGAAAAAGCCGACAUCACGGACAGCCGCUUCAACGAGUUCCUCGACUGGCAGAAACGCAAGACGACGAGGACGCCGCGGGAGUUCAAGCGGUUCACGCCCCGACUGCUGCGCAUGAUGCGGCGGCUGAUGGAACCCAAGCCUACCAAGAGGUACCCCGUCACCGAAGUGAACAAGUAUUACGGUGACCGGUGGCUCAUGGUGCGAUCCCCGCGGACGUCCAAGGUCUCCGAGAUCUGGGACCCCGCGACGGCGGCGGCCGUGGCGGGUCACGACAAGAAGCUGGGCGACGAGCUGCUGCAGGAGUACGGCAAGGAGCAGAGGAUCCAGAACUGGAUCAUGUCCGGAGCCGAGGGCCAAGCCAAGGAGAGCCAGUAGGAGAAGCCGCACGCCCGAGUGGCGGGUUCUCGACGAUCUGAGCGGGUGGUUUCUCUGCGAACACGGAAAUGGCCGCAGCCGUAUCUUUCGAGGCGUGCGUAUUUUAGAGCAGACAACAGUGUGUAGGAGCAGAUGACCGGGCAUGCAUCUCUUGUGAAGGAUAAGGAAAAGGUGAUGUCCGUAAUCGGAUGUUGGUGGAUUUGCUUGGCUCGGCUCGGCUCGGAUGGAUUCCAGGUAUACCAGGAUAUUCAACUCGUGAGAUGUGCACUUGGCAUAUGACUGGAAGCUGAUGACAGAGAAGACGAGGCUGCGAAAAUCUAGAAUGGGGACCCGCUGAAGCGAUGGUGGUGGUUCUCGGCAUUGAGGCUGUAUUACUCGUGGCAGACAACCUGGAAUGGUACACCGGCUGCUUGAUUUAUUGGUAGAUCGUCACUGGAACAUUCGUCGCAUGAACAGUGCCUGUGUUCCCAAGCAAGAGAGACAGAGCUGAGAAAUCAUCACGUGUCUGUGCAACGCGUCUUUCAGCAGCAGAAUGCUGACGAGAAAUCUCGGAAUUGGCUCGAGAGUCCGUGAUCCUCUGGCAGUGGGUGACGACAUAUAUACACAAACGUAGUGGGGCACCGCGCCAGAUGCCUUAAGCCUUGCUGUUAGCAGGACCACAAGAUUACGGAGUUUAAGGAGAGACACAAACGUAGUGGGGCCCUGCAAGUUUCUCUAAGACUCCGAGAUGCCGAAGUGACACCCUUCAUAGGCAACCCAACUCUCCCUCCUGAAAUACAAAUGACGUCGCAAACAAAGGGUUUAGCCGAGAAGUUCAUGACAUCAAGAAUUACGCGGCAGACGACGUAAAAAACAACGAAUUCUGGAGGCGGCGCGCUGGAUUUCUCACUUGAACAACCGAGGGCAGAGUUUCUGGAAUCUUACGGAAAAUCUCACACGUUCGAGAAUUGUCAUCAAGCACCGCUUAUGUCCAUUCCAAGUGCGGAAGAAUUGCAACAGCUUCCUUUAUUAGACUUUUGCGCUCCAGGAAACGGUAGACAAAUAGUCGGGAAGCCGUUAAAGAACGUAAAACUUUGCCCGAGUUGAUAAUAUAGAUGUCCCGUCUGGCUCCAUCCCUGCUCUGCCAUUUCGUCUUCCGAGAUCAUGUGUCCGCCGCAAAUAGCUGUGGCAUUUGUGGAUGCGUCUACCGAAAUCCCUCGGCGUCUUUUCGACAUGUCUGCUUCAACGCAGUAUCGGCGUCUACAACUGGUGGACGCGACAGACGAAACCAGUUUAUUGUCUGCAGCCGAUAAUCUCAAGUGACAUUGCAGGUAACCUGCUGCCUUCUGCUGAUCGAUCAUUAUUGAGCAGACGACGAAGUACAGAGACGCCAUCUGGCGGCAGUUGCUCACGCCCCUGGCAUCCGCUAUGCGAAGAAAAAAACUUUGCUUAGUUGAAUCGCCCGCCUUGAUGUAAGGCACAGUGACGUCAUCACCUACCAACGAGUCGUGAGUCGUGGUCUUGACAGAGCUAGACAAUCUGUGCGCGAGUGCAUUACGAAGUGCGGUGUCUGUCGGAAACUGUCAACUGUGAACACUUGUAGUCUUGUCAGUCGUGGUGACUUUUUGCGAAGUUUUGUCUUUCGCUUGCUGCUGAGAUUGUGUUGGCGCUGGCGAUGUCAUGUUAUUCGCGAGUGUCGGGAAGGUUGGCGUAAGACUUCCAAACAUGCAUUCAGCCAAGAUAUAAUGCCACUGCAUAGUGUUCAAAACGAGGCUGAGGUGAAGAGCGAACCGAUUCUCUUGUUUUGUUCGUGAGAAAGCAUUGCCGCCAGCGACGAUAGUAUUCCAUAAAAAGAUUCCACAGCUGAUUUCGAUUUUCGAAGAAAGCAAGGACAGAUCUUAAAGAUAACGGUAGAAAUCGUCAAGGAGACUUGCUUUAGGAGCUUUUUUCUGUCCUUCGAAUGAAUCGUGUGUACAUUUUCUUUAUAGAUUGUAGCGAUUCAGUGUCGUGCUCUGAAUUAAGGCUAUACAGUAUCUGCUCCUUCUGAAAAGUAUUGAUGCGGUGUAAACGUAAGAUCUCAAUAGCCCCGAUCCUGUUGACAAUGUUUCCUUGUAUCACUUGCGAAAUGGUUCAGUGCGUACGUUUGUGUUCCCGUCGCUUGCCUUACAAUUAACCUAGUUCUAAUGGUUGCGGGAAUGAUUCUCCCUCGUUCAAUAAUAUCGAACCCCCCCCCCCCCCCCCCUGUUUGCGCCGACGUUUACCAUGCCGGAAGACGUCGAUGAAACGCUUUAUUUAGCUCAAUGACCGUAAUUUUAGUCAAUGCACGUAAAACCUCGUCCGUGAAAGAGUCGUAAAAAGCGGCUGUACGAAGCAGUGAAGUCUUAAGUGAAGCCAGGCCGUUUGGACGUCUUUGAAUCGUACUCGUGAUGUCAAACAGCUCCGGAAGGCGUGAAGUCGCAGAUGAUUUUUUUUUCAAAUGUAGGCAGUGGACCUGCGUCCUUUUUGCGAUGAAAAGAAAAACACACACACCUGCGCGAGUAUGGAGACGUGGUGCACUUUGUCUAACACAAAAAGAACGCUUACACGAGUUCAAAAAGCAAAGUUUUCAUGGCCUACAGCUGCACGGCUUUGUGGACCGCUAUGUCAAGGUCCCCGAGCUGUGAAGCUGCGAGGAAUGUUUGAACAGGCUUCAUUCAGUACAAACUGCCCGUGUCUUGCGUGGAAAGCUAAAUUUUUACUCCCAACCCACUCGAGGUGUGGACAAAAGCGUAUUUUUUACCACGUCGACGUACCUCUCAAAGUUUUUUGCCCGUCGCGCGCACGCGAGACCCUGCGACAGACUGUAAGACGCUCACCCUGAGGCCUACGAGGACCUUUGAAUACAAUUGCUACUUUUCGCUCAUCAGAAUACUAAGACAUCAUCCGUAUAUUAUUCUAAAACAUAGGAAAAGACCAUUACCAUAGUGACAAUGCGCUUAAAACAGACAAGAGCCGUACUUGCUAUUGACGCCCAUUUUUCACUGCGCAAUAAAUAUCGGACGAGAGACAGGGUCCUUUCAGUUCGGUGCCACAAUUUCGACAAGAGGUCUUCGUGUAGGAUUUAACCGAAGGUGAAGGCUCUCAAGAUGGCAAGCUCUGUUAUCUUUACGGCCUUUCACGAUAACAAUUCCGCUUGACGAAGGCCUUCACGUUAAAUGAACGUCUUCACAUUCGGCCACGGCCUUUACGAUCAGAGUUCCGGUCAGCGAGGCCCCUUCGCGUGCAACGAAUACCUCUACGAAAAUAAGCGCUCUUGUCUCGGUUGCAGUCUUGACGAUAACAAGCUUGUUUGACGAAAGUCUCGACCCUUGAAGCAGGUCUUGUCCUCAGUCUUGACCAUGACAACUGCGCUUGAAGGUCUCAAACUUUGAGGAAAGCCAUUGGCGAAUACGGAUCCUUUUGUCAGAACGUUGGCACAUGACUAAGAAAUUCAGUUCCCUCGCUGUCCCAUAUUAUCUGCGCAAGCUCCCAUCUUCGCAAACGCCACUGCGUCGGCUUUUCUUAUUGCGCCGUAGUGCGCAAAGUACAUCAUCCAAACUUGCAGCAGCUUGAAGGAAGAUGAAUAAUUUGGAAGACUUUGAACGCUCAAUCUAAGUAACUUAACCUUUGCAAGAGCAGAAGCUCGCGUUAUACCACGAUACGUUCAAUUCUCACAACUAAGAGAAACGAGUGACGUGCGGCAAAAAGAAUGCACCGACGCGGUAUACCAGCAACCAGCAGUAGGCUUAACGUAGCGUAGGAGGAAACUGCGGGGCUCAUUACUUACAAGCAGUGUACAGCCAGAUCCGCUGAUCGCACGGCUGUCUUCUCACCCACUUGGGUGUAUACAUGCCUUAAUUAUAAACCGUUCUGAAACGUGCAAAUGUCUAACUACUUUCCUUCCCACUUCAAGAAACUCAUCGCUCACACUCCCCAGCAGCUGCACAUUCAGAUAUAUUUUUCUCCGCUGCGCUAACCGUUGCCGACGAAUAUGUUAGACAUAGCCACCUUACGUAGAGAGCGGUGUAUUGCGUGCGUAUACUUAUAUACUGUCCAAAUAGCAAGUGUGCCCAGCAGUAAGACGAAACAGUAGGAAUCAUAUACGUGGGGGUUCACGAUCAUAAGUAUUACGGAAUAGCCUACGUGCCAGUCGUUGUCUGGCCAAAGUUUCGUAUUUGGUGUCGUGAGUGGAGAAUGUACUAGCGUCUUUCUAUAGAGCAAACCGUUAAAUGUUCACACCAUACCCAUCACUACUGCGUUCGUCGUCCGCCGUGUCUAGAAUGGGAAUGCGACGUAAGUGUUUGCACAAGACUACUGUCCUCAACUCUCGUGACGGUGUGGCUCGAACUUGCUUCUCUUUUUUGCAACAGUUUUCGAAACGGAAAUGCCCCUUGUACCAACUCAAAUAAUGCCCGUUUACAGGCGCCCUUUUUCGGAAUAUCGUUUCUAUCCAAUUUUGAAUGCGCCAAUAGACUGAAGGCGGGAGGUCUGAAUACGACUCGACAUAGUAUUCGCUUCGCAAGCGUACUUCGAAACGUCGUUCCUUGUAUCCGUGAAGUGUCGCCGGGAACAUUCGAAUACAGUUAAACCUUGAUUUACCGAAGUCGGUGACAGUAGGGAAGCUUUAGCUCGGGGCUCCUAUCUAAAUACAUGAGAAGGGGAAAAUUUGUUUUUCUCGGCAACCACUGCAACCCAUUUUGAUGAGCUUGGUUGUAUUUAGAAUAAGUCUAAAUCUUGUGACCACAGCAAGCAGAUUUUUUAUUUAACUUGUCAAUCUUUUAACAAAAAUAGCUGACAAUCGCAAAAUUUGGAAAACGGAACUAUGAUGUUAACUCUAACUGGGCAAUUGAAAGUUACGAAUUUGUGAAUUUCGGACCUCUGUGUUUUUCUUGCCGAUUCCAGUGAUUUCCCUUAAAAAAUUAAAGGCCAUAAAUAAAAAAUUGUCUUGUUGCAGCCACUAGAAUUUAACUUUCACUCCUAAAUGCUAUAAAUUUAAUUCAGCUCACUUUGUUGCUUCGAUGUUAUCAACCCAUAAGGCACUAUGAAUAUGUGUCGGGGAAUGAAAAAGCACCUGGUUAAAUCGAAACUUUAGUAAAAUCGAAACUUUUGUGAAGCCAGAUUUUGCUAUAAUCGAGGUUUGACUGUGUUCGCACGCCUCGUGUGUUACCUAUCGUAACCAGGCGAUUCCAUCGCGUACUAGAAGGUGCCCGCGUACAGGCAUGUUUCGCAAGCAAUUUAUAUAUCUUCGCAGAAGUCGACGAGGAGCGUUGCGGCGUGGCCCCGAGAUCCGCUCCUCUCGGAGGCCUUGAUAAUAAGUAGCCUACUUACCAAAUACCACGCGACCGCAUCUCGUCGAGGAGUGUCGAGCCGAGGCAUGUUUGUGGGCACGGGAGUCGACACGAAAAACCGUGCCACUCUUCUCGAAUACGCCUGAGACGCAAGUUUUAAUCUGUAUGUACCGUUUCCGGAUAUACGCAAAACACAACCGACGUAUCUUCUAGCACACCCGGCAGAUGGCGUUAGAGACGUUCCCUCUCUGCUGCCACCUACUGGCGUACACCUUAAUCGUGCUAUGCGAGGCCAACCCUUGCGUCUCGCACCUUACUGUCCCACACAUAUCAGACCCACUGCAUUCUUUUGUUCACUUUCCAGGAUGAAGCUAAGAAAAAAAAAUAUUUUUUGUAAAGCAAUCGCAGUCUCGAGAUGACGGUCACCCAGCCCAAACAUACGAUGUCGUUGUUCUAAGCGACACGUGCCUCUCUACUGACUAAUAACGUGUCUUAAAAAAAAAGAAAAGAAAAGGUGUUCGGUUUAAAAGGAAGGUGGCUCUCGGGCGAAUGAUCCUAAACAAAGAGUGUUUGUUGUCGGCAGUUUUUUUUUUUUUCUCGUCUUUUUUUUUUCUCUCGACUGGUGUCCGUAUGUACGGCGAUUGCACGAAGUGUUGAUGUUGUUGUUCGUCUUUUGUAUUUACUCGUGAUAUAUUUAAUAAAAACUUGCCCGAUGUGAGAA